CAAACGUUUAUUCACUCACUGACCUAAGAAUUGAGAGGACACGUUUUGCUUCCUUUUCCCCACCACCACUCUCGCCGCCCUGUCCGGCCACCUUCACGUGUCUCUCCCUCUCACUUCCCAUAAAUCCCCCCCACCCCCACAUCCUCUGUUCUUGCCCUGCCCUGCCCUGCCCUGCCAUCACCCCUAUCCCUUUUACUCUGUUCCUCCUCAUCCCUUGUUUCUCCCCUUGUCCUGUGUCCCUGAACCCAAUGGCAGCAGCCGCGGACCACGCCAAGCCCGCACCGCCCCUCAAGGAUGAGCUCGACAUCGUGAUCCCCACCAUCAGGAACCUCGACUUCCUCGAGAUGUGGCGGCCCUUCUUCGAGCCUUACCACCUCAUCAUCGUCCAGGACGGCGAUCCCUCCAAGACUAUCAAGGUCCCGGAAGGCUUCGACUACGAACUAUACAACCGCAAUGACAUCAACAAGAUGCUUGGCCCCAAGGCCUCCUGCAUCUCCUUCAAGGACUCCGCUUGCCGCUGCUUCGGCUACAUGGUCUCCAAGAAGAAGUACGUCUACACCAUCGACGAUGAUUGCUUCGUUGCAAACGAUCCAUCGGGCAAGUCCAUCAAUGCGCUCGAGCAGCACAUCAAGAACCUCCUCGCCCCGUCCACGCCCUUCUUCUUCAACACCCUCUAUGACCCGUUUGCUGAUGGGGCGGACUUUGUCCGAGGAUACCCCUUCAGCCUCCGUGAGGGUGUACCAACUGCCGUCUCCCAUGGUCUCUGGCUCAACAUUCCAGACUAUGAUGCACCGACUCAGCUCGUGAAGCCUCUUGAGCGGAACCAGAGGUAUGUUGAUGCGGUUAUGACGAUACCAAAGGGCACACUUUUCCCUAUGUGCGGUAUGAAUUUGGCAUUCGACCGUGAGCUCAUUGGUCCGGCUAUGUACUUCGGGCUUAUGGGUGAUGGGCAGCCCAUUGGUCGAUACGAUGAUAUGUGGGCAGGCUGGUGUGUCAAGGUGAUAUGCGAUCACUUGGGGCUCGGAGUGAAGACGGGGCUGCCCUACAUAUGGCACAGCAAGGCGAGCAACCCAUUUGUGAAUCUGAGGAAGGAGUAUAAGGGUAUCUUCUGGCAGGAAGAGAUCAUUCCGUUCUUCCAGUCGGCCACCCUCCCAAAGGACUGCACCACCGUCCAGAAGUGCUACAUCGAGCUGUCGAAGCAGGUUAAGGAGAAACUCAGCAAGGUCGAUCCCUACUUCGACAAGCUUGCCGAUGCCAUGGUCACCUGGAUCGAGGCCUGGGAUGAGCUCAACCCUCCAAAGCCCUUGUUGAAGCUCUCCAAUGGCACCGCAAAAUAAAUCCAGGAACCUGCAUCCUAACAACCAAAAACAGUCGUCUUUUCCUUUUAAUUUUUACCCAGGUACCGAGUAUCACAACAUCAAGCCUUGUAGCUUCCUUCCCCAAAUUUCCAGAAACAGAACAGGAGGAUUCCAUCAGUUUCCAGGGUUUACAAGCUGGAGAACCUGACUGAUACCGGAGAUCAUUAGAUUUCUGGAUGUGUAAGCAUAGUUCAAUUUAAAUUCGAGUGAUGCUGGUGUGUUUUGCAGUACUUAAUAGGACCCGAAAAUAAUGAUUCGGAAUGAUCAAUGAGAGUUCUUUACUACUACAACUCUCAAGUUCAUGUAAUUGCUUUGUUUCAAUAUAUAAUGAAUCAGCAAACAGUACUACUUUCACAUUCAUGAACAUA